CCCCAAAAAAGGCAAGAACAUCCAAAGAACAUGGCAUGCAAACUCAAUUGGUAUGAUUUAAAUUUAAAUUACUACACUCUCCAAAAUAUACCAAUCCCAUCUCAUGGAUUUCAUCGCUUUUGCUCUCGCAAUUCUCUUUACAGCACUUGUAAGAUCUCUAUGCCUGAAAGUAUUCACAAACCCCAAAAAUCUCCCACCUGGCCCCCGCCGGUGGCCCAUCGUCGGCAACCUCCUCCAACUCACCCACCUUCCCCACCGCGACAUGGCGGAGCUCUGUCGAAAGCACGGCCCACUCGUCUACUUAAAGCUCGGCAGCGUCGACGCCAUCACCACUGACGACCCCGCCACCAUCCGCGAGAUCCUCCUUCAACAGGACGACGUUUUCGCCUCCCGGCCGAGGACUCUCGCCGCCGUGCAUUUGGCCUACGGCUGCAGCGACGUCGCUUUGGCCCCUUUCGGCCCUAAUUGGAAGCGGAUGAGGAGGAUUUGUAUGGAGCAUCUUCUAACAAGCAAACGGUUGGAUUCGUUCUCGGCCCAUCGGGCCUCGGAGGCCCAAUAUUUGGUCCAAGAUGUCUGGGCCAGGGCCCAAAAUGGAAAGGCUGUGAACUUGAGGGAGGUUUUGGGGGGAUUUUCAAUGAACAAUGUGACUAGGAUGUUGCUCGGGAAGCAAUACUUUGGGGGUGGAUCUGCUGGCCCAAAUGAGGCUAUGGAGUUUAUGCAUAUAACCCAUGAGUUGUUUAGGCUUUUGGGGGUGAUUUAUUUGGGGGACUAUUUGCCAUUUUGGAGGUGGGUGGAUCCUCAUGGGUGUGAAGAGAAGAUGAGAAAAGUGGAAAAGCAAGUGGAUGAUUUUCACACCAAGAUUAUUGAAGAACAUAGAAAGGAAAGGGAGAGAAGGAAAAUUAGUGGAGAACAAGAUGAUGGUGAUGGAAAUAUGGACUUUGUUGAUGUUUUGUUGUCAUUGCCUGGUGAAGAUGGGAAGGAACAUAUGGAUGAUGUUGAAAUCAAAGCCCUAAUUCAAGACAUGAUUGCUGCAGCAACCGACACGUCAGCUGUGACGAAUGAGUGGGCAAUGGCUGAAGUGAUUAAACAUCCACACGUUCUUGCGAAGGUUCAAGAGGAGCUCGAUGUUGUUGUAGGUCCUAAUCGAUUGGUGUUGGAAUCUGAUUUGGUUCGUCUUAAUUACUUGCGAUGUGUCGUACGCGAGACUUUUCGUAUGCAUCCAGCUGGUCCGUUUUUAAUUCCUCACGAAUCGUUGGGUGACACAAAAAUCCAUGGGUAUGAUAUUCCUGCGAAGACUCGAAUCUUCAUCAACACUCAUGGGUUAGGUCGAAACACUAAAAUUUGGGACAAUGUGGAGGAGUUUAGGCCAGAGAGACAUUGGCCAACAGAUGGAAUUGCGAAAAAAGUAGAGAUAAGUCAUGGAGCAGAUUUUAAAAUUCUUCCAUUUAGCGCGGGCAAGCGAAAGUGUCCUGGCGCUCCACUUGGGGUAACUUUAGUGUUAAUGGGCUUAGCUCAACUAUUUCACAGUUUCGAUUGGACUCCACCAAAAGGAAUGGAACCAAAAGAUAUCGAUACCAACGAGGUAUAUGGGAUGACAAUGCCCAAAGCUCAUUCCUUAAUAGCUAUUGCUAAGCCACGUUUGGCCCCUCAUUUGUAUCAAUCAAAAUGA